AUGAAUAACAGUUCUUGGGUACCUGAAGAGGUCUUCAAGGGAUUAUCUGAUAAUUUCUUCGAUGAUCUCAUCAACCAUAUCGAUUUUCCCCUUGAAGACAUUGAAACCGCCAAUGAUGAGGAAGGAGACUGGAGUGCCGGGUUUAAGAACCUCGUGCCUCCAUUGGAUGUGCUCAACAAUUUGUCCUCCGAGUUCACUUGCGGUAAUGGACAACGUGCCGGAGUCCAAAAGCCUGAGCCUGGUGUGAAGGAGUCGAGCUCUUUGGAAGUCUCUUCCAUCAUUGAUAGAUCCCUUCCUGUUCCUGAUGUCAAAGUCUCAAGGCUGUUUCAGUCUUCAAGCCCAGUCUCAGUUCUUGACAACACCAACAACGGUAAUGGUUCCGUCUCCUCCCAAAUCCAUAACCGAGCUCAGAGACUGGGCUUCCCCGUGAAAGCCAUCAGAAACAAGACGAGGAAACGCCCCACAGCCCCAAGAUUAAGCUUCCUCAAGUCAUUCACAUCAGAAGUGUCUCAGAACUUCUCAAGAAACUCAGAGGCCUAUGAAUCAGACUCUGAAACUCAGGAUUCCCCCAACAAGAAGCGCAAGAAGAUCAAGAACCGUUCUCCUUCCGCUCCCGCUUCCACCUACUCGGCCUCUGACAGUCCUGAACCAUUCAACGCAGAUGGAACAAUCAGGAAAUGCACUCACUGCGAGACAACCAAGACCCCUCAGUGGAGGGAAGGACCACAUGGGCCUAAAACACUCUGCAAUGCUUGUGGAGUCAGGUACAGAUCAGGCCGUCUUCUUCCUGAGUACCGUCCAGCUUCGAGCCCUACAUUCAUCCCAAGUGUGCAUUCGAACUCUCACAGGAAGAUCAUAGAGAUGAGAAGGAAAGAAGAAGAAGAAGAAGAAGAUCAGGUUGAAACCGGAAGGAUCCGUGGCGUUAGAACUCGACCAUAG